GGUUGUAGUUGGCAACGAGUUUGUGCUAGCCAGCAAGCAACUGAGGUUGAGAUUAAGCAACUAAAAACCGAAUUAAACCGCAAUAAGCAAUGGUGCUACGGAUUAGGAAUAACUAUGUUGAGCCUUUUCGUUGGUUACGGAAUUUGGACGCAAAGAGAGAAGUUGCAAAAAAUAUAUAUAUACUUAUCCGUUGGAAAAG